UCUGGCACCUCUAUCACGACAAACGGUACUUGUAACUUACACUCACCUCUCUCUCCCCCCUCUCUCUCUCGCUGUCCCCUCUCUCUCUCUUUCUCUCUCGCUGAAGAAAUGAAUUGUGUGCAAAGCUGGCCAGAGCCGAUAGUCCGAGUCCAAUCUCUCUCCGACAGUGGCAUACGAGUGAUCCCCGAACGAUACAUUAAGCGUCACUCCCCGAAACCUUCUCUCAAACUCACCACCCCGGUCCGCGAAUUAACUAUCCCCGUCAUUGAUCUCGAAAACCUGGCGUCCCGAGACAUUGCGCUCCGGGCCAAUACUCUCGCGCUAAUCUCUCGUGCGUGUCGUGAGUGGGGGUUCUUCCAGGUGGUGAACCAUGGGGUGAGCCACCAGGUGAUGGACCAAGUUCGGGAAGUCUGGCGUGAGUUUUUUCACCUUCCUGUGGAUGAGAAGCAAGUUUACGCGAAUAGUCCGACGACUUAUGAGGGCUAUGGCAGCCGCCUUGGCGUCGAAAAGGGGGCCAAGUUGGAUUGGAGCGACUAUUAUUUUCUGAACUACCUUCCUACUUGUCAAAGGAACGAGCACAAGUGGCCUAGUUACCCUUCCUCAUGCAAGGAAAUAGUAAGCGAGUACAACGAAGCAUUGGUGAAACUAUGCGGAGAGCUGAUGAAAAUCCUGUCAAUCAACCUCGGACUAGAGGAGAAUCGGCUUCAACAAGCUUUAGGAGGAGACGAAGUAGGUGCAUCCUUGAGAGUGAAUUACUAUCCGAAAUGCCCUCAGCCGGACCUCACUUUUGGUCUGUCUCCGCAUUCUGAUCCAGGAGCCCUGACCAUUCUGCUUGCGGAUAACCAAGUUUCUGGUCUUCAAGUCCGGAAAGACGACAAUUGGGUGACAGUUAAGCCUGUCCCCAACGCUUUCAUUGUCAACAUCGGAGACCAAGUAGAGGUGCUGAGUAAUGGAAAUUACAAGAGCGUGGAGCAUCGUGUCGUCGUGAAUUCAGCUGCAGAACGCGUUUCACUGGCCUUCUUCUACAAUCCGAAGGGCGAUAAAACCAUAGAGCCUGCUGAAGAGCUGAUCACUCCCACAGUUCCACCACAAUAUCUACCUAUGACGUUUAACGAAUACAGGACUUUCAUCAGGACAAGAGGACCUUGCGGAAAAACUUCAGUCGAAUCAAUUAAAUCGCCCCGAUAAUUGUAGUUGAAAAAUCUUUAGUACAUUAGAUGUGGAUUACUUGUGUGAAACAUUGUUGAAUUGUGUUUAAAUGUUUCUCGAAUAAUGAUAGUGCGCCUGUUUGUUUAAGAAGCGGAAGCUGUUUCUGGUUUCUGCUUUUCUUGACUCGUUUGUGUAAAUAAGUUGAAGCACUUUUAAGAAGUUAAGAAUGCCAGCUUUUCUCCCCGA